AUGGGUCGUGGGAGUGGAAAAGUAACCUUGAAACACAUUCAAGAUGAGAAAGUUCGUAAUUUAGCUUUCAAUCAGAGAAGUAAAGGAUUAACAAAAAAAGUAUCUGAGUUUUCUAACAACUUUGAAGUUGAAGCUUUCUUAAUUGUGUACGAUGGUGAUGGUGACGGUAAACCCAUGACUUGGCCACAAGACCCCAGAACACUACGAUCCAUGCUUACAAAAUAUGAGCAACAAAAGAAUGAGACAACUCCAACGAAAUUUGAAGCGAAGGACUAUUUUGCGAAUAAGAAGAACGCGGUUGAAGCUGAGAUAUUGAGAGUGCGCAAAAAGAUCACAAAGAACAAAUAUCCAACUUGGGGUAGAUGUUUUAACAAUUUGGAAGGGGAGCAACUCAAAGGUUUCAUCAACUUUGUAGAUGUCAAGAUUCAGUGUUGUAAUGAAAGAAUUAACAUGUUGAAAAAUAUGGAACAGAGUGAUCAAACUAGUUUCAGGGAAAACACUGCUCAUAUGCCAGAUAAUGUUACCUCUCCACAAGCAAGCCAACCUGAUGAUACUCUGAAACAGCUUGUUAGUAUUAAUGACAUGAUGGAUUUCACGGAUGUUAUAGAGUGGGAUGAUCCGAUGCCUCAAAAUAAUGUUUUCUCCUCACAUUCAAGUGAACUUAAUGUCAUGCAUAGCAUUCCUCAAAUGCAACCUAUCUCUGCUCCUUUGAAGUCAGUUGAUAAUAUAAGUUUGCCUUCAACUUCAUCAACAAAUCAACUUGGUGAAUUUGUGAAGUUAGAUGAUCUAAUGGAUAAAUCUGAUCAGGACUGGGCUAGUCAACUUGUGGAUUUGGAUGACUGGGCUGCUAAUAAGCUAGAUGAUGAUGAUGUUGGUGAUGGUAUUGUGAAUUGGUUAAGGCAACCUGAUGUGUUCGAAUGGCAAGAUAAUUCCUUUUCAUCUGAAAUUGAACAACAAUGUGCAGCUUUGGAUGUCUUUUCCCAAUCAAUAUAUGGAUUUUAA